AUGUAAAUUUAUGAUGUUUGCAUAAUUGGGGCAGGCCCUGUUGGGUUAUCUUUGGCAGCUGCUCUAUAGAAAUCCAAAUAAUUAAAUAAAGUCCUAAUUUUAGAUUCGAUAAAAAAACCUAAGUUUAACAAGUAGGGUCUUCCUAAUCAGAGAGUAUUAUCAGUCACAUAAUCUUCAAGAGAAGUUUUGCAAUCAGUGGGAGCAUGGGAUAAACUUGAAUAAGGAAGAGUCAAUCCAUACAACAGGAUGAUCAUAGAUGAAAGCAAUGGUUAGGACUAUUUGGAGUUCAAGAAUUAAUAAGCCCACAUAAUUGAAUAUGAUAAUAUUGUGAAUGCAUUAUUGGAAGUGUAUGAUGGAGAGAUAGAGUUUGAAAGUAAAUUAGAGAAGAUAGAACUAAAGCCUAAUGAGUAUGUGACAGUAAAUGAUAAAUUUCAAUGCAAACUAUUAAUUGGCAGUGAUGGCAAUAAAUCUAAAGUGAAAGAGUGCAGCAACAUAGGUACAUAUGGUCACUCAUAUCAUUAAAUGGGUAUUGUGUGUACAGUUGAAAGAACUGAUUAAGACAGUGAGGUAGCUUACUAGACUUAUUUAUCAAAUGGUUGUCCACUAGCCCUAUUGCCUCUUUAUAAUCCAUAUAGUUCAAUAGUAUGGACAGCAUAUAUGGAUGACUACAAAUAUUUAAUGUCGUUGUCAGAUGAGGAAUUUCUGAAGGUCCUUAAUAGUUAAUUGGGUAGAUAUGCACCAAGAAUCAAGAGCAUUUCAAAUAAGAGGAUGGCUUUUCCACUUUAGUCAUUGCAAGCUCAAAGAUAUAUCUAGAAGAGAAUAGCACUGAUCGGAGAUGCGGCUCAUUCCAAUCACCCCAUGGCUGGAUAAGGUAUGAAUAUGGGAAUCAAUGAUGCUGCCCUUUUGGCCAAUUGUAUUAUCAAAAAUUCUAGGUCUGGGAAUGACAUUGGUUUGGAGCAAUCUCUAGAAGAAUAUGAAUCAUAGGCUAAACUCAUGAAUUAUACAACUUCAAUAGCUAUGGAGUUGAUCAAGAACACUUAUGAGAAUAAGACCAUUUCACCUUUGAGAUAAUUAGGAGCAAAGAUUAUCAAUAACCUAGAUCCAAUUAAAUAAAUUAUGAUCUAGUAUGGAUCCAAACAUCCAUUAGGACCAUCUUAAUUUGAAUGGGUAAAAUGA